CAGCGCAAAACAAGCAAGCAAUCUCAUGCUAGUUGCUACUACUAAUAAAAAAGUUUCCGUUCAUUUUUAUUGGCCUCUGCGGCCGCUAUAACUAAUCAACUCUCCUCCUCUCAAACAAUCCCCUCCCAUUCGCCGCCUCUCAUCCUCAAUUUCCCUCUCUCAUUUGAUUGUCAUUUUUACAAAGUUGAGCAUAUUUCGCCUUCCUCCCCUCCCAGGCGCCAUUUUCAAAGUCACCUCUCGUUUUUCCCUCACUCUCUCUCGCUGUCUCGCGGACAAAUAUUUUUCCUUUCUCCACAUAUGCGUUCUUACUCGUUUCACCACGGAUUCAGAUAGUUUCGAGAAAGGAUAGCUUUCUGGGGAGAGAAAUCAAUGGCGGCGGCGGCUUGCAAGCGCUUAACUCAUUGCGGAUUAUCCAAAUUGCGAGGCCGCAAUACGUUUACAGCGCCUAAUUCUGCUUCUGUAAAUAAGCUUCAGUCUAACUGCUCUUCCGUCAAUUUCUACGGUUCGUUGUCCUCCUCAGAUUCCUCCGCUAACCGUUUUGAUAUCAGGCAGAUCUCUCAGCUUGCCAAACCUAAUGGAAACCGUGCCUUUCUCGUUGAUACGUUAAAGCUGGUUAGGAGUUUGGAAGCACAAGGUGUACCUCCGAAGCAAGCCGAAGCAAUCACCUCUGCUAUUACUGAGGUUCUGAAUGAUAGCCUGGAAAAUGUAGGUCAUUCGUUUCUCUCAAAAGCUGAAAUGCAGAAGGCAGAGAUGUUACAUGAAGCUAAUCUGUCCAACUUUAAAGCUGAAGUACAGAGUUCCCAGGAGAAUCAUUUUUCUUUGCUGCAACGUGAGACUGAAAAGCUACACAAUGAUAUUGAAAAGAUGCGCAGUGAACUGAGGUAUGAGAUUGAUAAGGUCACUGCAGGCCAGCGUCUGGAUUUAAAUCUUGAGAGAGGGCGUUUACGUGAUGAGCUUGCCAAGCAGAGUUCGGAAACAACCAAUCUUACUAACAAGCUUGACCGGGAGAUUCAUGCUUUGAGGGCCCAACUUGAAGCAGCAAAGUACGAUGUUAUGAGAUAUUGUAUAGGUACCCUGGCAUCCAUCACUGCUGUUGGGUUAGCUUUAAUUCGAAUCAUGACCGCUGCUGACAAGAAGUAAGAAUGGAAUUCAAAGGAACGAGGCCAGCUCGUGCAAAGAAAUUGAAAAUGUAGACUAAUGCUAAAGGUCAUUUCUUGGAUGUGUAACUUUGUGCUACAUUCUUUUAGUGAUGGUCUAUUUGCACGCCUUCAAAUUUUGAUAUGCAAGGCGUGAAAGCCACAGCUUACAGUGGAUCGACUAUAGGUCUUGUGAAACAAUGCAUGUAAUUCUUUAGGUCGUUGACCUCAGUACAUUUAAUCUUAGCGAUUCCUCAACGGCCA